AGACCCGUUCACAUCUUCCAGAUAUCCAACAUGCCAGAUGCCUACAAUACACGCUCCAACUGGCCGGGUUCACGCCCCUGUGCCGACGCCGUAUGGGUGGUCUACUCGACGCAUCAAGAGGCGGCGGCUUCGCUCUCCCUCUCGCACCCCUCCCUCGCCAGGGUCGAACCAGCACUGGAGACAGACUUGGAACCCUACGAGAAGCUGGAACAGAUUAUGCCAGGCGGCGUGAUAUCACGUAGAGACUCGCUCUCUCUCGCCGCAGCACCGGGGUCGCCGGUCGUGCACUGCGCGACGCCAAGCUCGAGCUCGAGCAGCAGCAUGGGGUUGUUGACGCCCACGACUCCUGAUUUCUUCGCGACGUCAAAACUAUCGCCGCCACCUCUGCCACAUAGCAAAUUUACGCUGUCAACUAACCCACCAAAUCCCAAGAUCAGCUACCGCCCCGGCGAUUGGGUGUGAGUUUCGCGUUCC